GCAUGUGACUCAUUUCCUGUUUUUUUCCACCUUAUUAAAAUACACAAUGUGGGUUGAAAUCUGUAAAGCAUACUCAUCACGCUUUAGGUUGACAUGUCUGACAGAGAUUUUACUCUCCUUUUUUGCCUUUCUCUAACACUUCAACAUGUAUGCACUGGAUUCCAGGUGUGGACACUAUUGCAGUACAACAGCAAAGACAACAACUCAGUCAAUAUAAUAUGUCAACAUAAUGCAUUGGAAAGCUGGACUAUGGGUGCCGAAGUGCUCAUGAAUAAUAAAAAUUUUUGCAACACAGAGCAAAACAACACAGCAUGUGAAGGGAGACAAGAAGGAAAACAGUUCAAUUUUACACUGAAAAUUACUGCUGAGCAAAGAAGACUUCCUUUUAAUUGUAUGGUUUACAAAAGUGGACCACUCCCCGUCCAAGUGAGAAAGGGAGAAGAAAUGAUGCUGUUCCCAGGAUGCGAUAUUCCACCUCCGAUACCUACGGACUCAUGCAAAUGCUUGGAUGUGGGCAGUGAUUGCGCUCAUACUGCUUUAGUCGGUUUACUCACCUGGGCUCUGAUUGGAUUUGUGCUUCUGCUGAUUCUCUACAGUUUCAUUAUUACUGUUGUUUAUAUCAAACUAAGGCUCUCGAUUUCUGAAGAGCUAACAUUAACCUAUGUUCCAAUGCAGCAAAAUUGGGUCAGACCCAAGGUAAGUGAUACACUUUCAUGCAGGGUCGUAACUACCAUAAACACUGAGGAGAACAUGCCCCAACCCCCAAUAAUCAGAUAUGGCCAACCCCCCCCCCUCCCAAAACAAGAACCCCAUUCUGAACCCAAAUACUUUUACUUUUCAUAACAUAAAAGAAGAUAUUUCCCCCACUCUUUUCCACUCUAUUACAGCUCUAUUCCAUAAAAUGGCAGAAGAUAGUGAUCAUGAGCUUUAAAGGUGCACUAUAAAGGCAUCAUAAAAACUAUACUCCAAGUGGCCAUAUGAGAGCUUUGUGUCGUAUGGACUGCUUUUCUGUAUAGCGGUGUAAACAUUCUUCAAAAUUCUCCUUUUGCGUUACACUGAAAGCGGCAUACAGGUUUGGAACAACGUGACAGUGAGUCAAUAAUUUUGUGUAAGUAAUUUUGUCUAGCUAGCUGACACAGACAUGAUGUUUUACAGAGAUAUGAUGACAAUAACGAUGAAAAGAUAAUAAUGAAAAGGCAAUCUGGGGCAGCAGAAAAAAGGGCAAGCUGACAGGAACAGGAAAGAAGUUAGCAGUGUGUUUACACAGUGGCGGUUUUGUAAUUCGUAUUUGGUCCGCUCUACUGUUUGGAACAUAUUAUUCAAUAUAUAUGUGCAUAAUAAGAGGAAAGUCUGAGUAAAUCUGAAAUACAAUAAACCAUCUAAUCUAAAUUGUUUUUGUACUGUAAUACACACUGACUUUACUGUAGUUAUUUAGGUCCCAAAUAUAAAGUUAUUGUAUUGUAUAUAUAAAUAAUGUAUAUAUAAAUAUUUGGACCUUCAUUACAUAGAAAACUAAAAAGGAUCAUUACAUUUGUGACCCCACCCCCACCAAAUGGUUUGGUCCCCCCCCAAUGUUCAGGAUGUUGUUACGGCCUUGCUUUCAUACAUUCAUCAUCUUUCUUUGUAAAAUUGCUAAGCGGUAAGCAGUCUUAUUCCUGGUGUGCCUAAAGAUGAGCAAGGUUUGUGUGCCAAUUCACACAUAGAUCUACUCUAAAUCUGAGAGUCACACAAGGAAGAUUGUUAGCUUUUAUAAUAAGUGUGUAAUAUCUGAAGUAAACGUAACUGUUUUUUUUUUUUAAUGAUUAUUUCCUUAACUUGUUCACAACUGUUGUUUUCUACUCCUAACCUACUAACCCAUUUCAGAAGAAAGUGAAAGUGCAGGGAGCAGACAAGAAUGCAGAAUACAUGGACAUGCGUAAGGUGCAUCCCCAAGCACAACCCAUCAGCGACAUGAACCACAACUCUUGCCUGAAUCCUGUGGGCUUUAGUGUCUGAUAUUUCUGUAAUUAUUCAUAUGAGUAUUGAUUUUAAUAACACAGAAGAGAAAACUGUAGCCUACACUGCCUUCACCUGAAAAAGGAAAAAUCUACACAGUGUAAUCCAUGUGUUUAAGACUUUGCCACAUAGCCACUUUGUCACAUGGCAGUAAAGAAAUAAGUUAAAUGCAUCAAACAAUAAGCAGCUCAAUUAAAUACUGUAUUGUCUUUCUUCUACUCAAAUGCAGAUUUUAUAAACAUAUUAUUGCUAUACCUUAUGAUUGUAAUUUCGCUAUCUUGUAUCUUUGCUAUCUUGCUUCAAAGUUGAUACUGUUUAUACAGCAAAUGUUAUGUUAUAUUAUGUUAUAAAAAAAUAUAUAAAUAUAUAAAAAUCAUUGAGUGUGCAGUGUAGUGAAUGUAUUAUCCUUCAGUUCAAUUCAAUUUUACUUUUAUAAUGCUUUUAACAAUAGACAUUGUGACAAAGCAACUUUACAGAAAUCCAGAUGUUGAUUUAGAUCCCUAAUGAGCCAGAGGCAGCAUGGCGAGGAAAAAACGCCCUGAGACAGCACAAGCAAGAAAUCUUGAGAGGAACCAGACUCAUAAGGGAACCCAUCCUCCUCUGGGUGACACUAGACACCAGUGUGAUUAUAG